CGAGUAUUCAAGUCUCUGUACUCUCGACGCCAAUUUCUUUCAAAGCUUUUUAUCGAAAGUUCAUCAUGAAUUCAGCAUUCAGUGCACAAAAGUUGCUGCAGUCUGCGCGAGUCUCUCCAGAAAUCUUUAAACUGCGGCCAGAUUACCGAGUUCUCUUAAUGACUAUCGAAGGCGUUCCUCCAGGCCCUAGUGACAGCAUAAGCGAGGCCUUCUUGAGCGAUGCCGAGGCAACUGCAAAGAGUCUUUUGUCAAAGCGUCCUGUAACUGAAAUUUCACACAUUGCUGCAUGGCGAGAGACUUAUAAGGCCUUUGGUGCUAAGCCGCAGAAAACUCGCAACAGCUUGGAAGCACUGACUCGCCGUGCUGAGACUGGAUUGCCUCGCAUCAACCGGUUGACGGACAUCUACAAUGCUAUUUCGGUCAAGCAUCAAAUCCCAUUGGGCGGCGAAGACCUUGACAAAUACGACGGAUCACCAUUCUUGAUACGUGCCACAGGCCAAGAAGAGUUUCAGGCGUUCUCAGGUGGCGAAAUGCAGACUGAAUUUGCGGCGCCUGGAGAACCCAUCUGGUGUGACGACACUGGAAUUACCUGUCGUCGCUGGAAUUGGCGGCAAGGUCCACGCACCGCACUUUCUGAUGCAACUACAAAUGUUUUGAUCAUCUUUGACGCAUUGGAGCCACUUUCGGACGAGGCUCUGCUUGCAGCUGCAGAGGAGCUUGCUUCAACACUGAAAAGCUUAUCUCCGGAAGUGAAAUGCGCUCAAAGAUUAAUUAAAGCUUAGCUUAUGGUUGACCAAUGAUUCAAACGGGCCAUGUGAGUGUGUCUUGCGACGUUGUGCGAAUCUAUACCUGGUGGGGUUGCGAUUAUGUUGGCGACAACUCGAGUAUAAAUACCGAGACCUAGACUGGCAAGCGGAAAAAAGUAAGGGAAGAUUAUGAUUAUAUUAAAAUAUUUGGUGGGAUAUUUUUUCUGAUAUAAGAAGCACAGAUAGAAGCUAGAACCAUAGCAAACAAGUAUACCCAA